AUGGCUGGAGAGAAACAGUAGUUAGGCUCGACGGUUUUCCCAUUUAUUUAAGAAAAAAAUGAGCUCGUCUGUAGUUUGAAGGUACAGUCGACACAUAACGGGGGAGCCAGGGUGAGUGUGGAGAGGGGCUGGCAGGACCUCAGCGGUGGCACCACCUGGAAUCAGAUGGAGGAAGGGAGCAGCUAAGGAAGAAGGAAUCAUUCUGUUGUUGAUGAACCCAGCCAUUUGUAACAGAUGAAGAGCCUUCAGUUCCGAAGCAUUGCACCCAAGGCUCCGGCCAUGGUGUCUUCCACCUCUUCUGCGGUCUUGUCCUGCCAGCCUCCUCCCACACUCCCAGAGACUACCACCACAAGCCCCAAGUCCAUUGUUAUGCCCACUCAAAACUAUGCACUGAUGCAAAUAGCAGGUCAGGAUGGCACUUUCUCUCUCGUGCCGCUUCCCCCUCCCAUCUCAUCACAGACACCACAGCAACAACAGCAACCAUCAAUCCAAAAGCACCUCAAGUUGCCCAUUCCCAGAUACCAGCCCGUAAGGAGCAAAGUCACCACAGAUCUGGUCAAAUCAGCUUCUCCAGCCACCAAAGUGAAAACACCCUCUAAGUCCAGUCUUACAAUGCAGUCAAAGUCUGUACUGAGUGGGACAUCAUCAGCAAAGAAAAAACAAAUUGAGUCCAGACACUUAAAGGAAAACCCAGUGCCCAAAGUGGAACCUUCAGAGCAGGUCUUUCUAAUUGAGCCAUCCUCUGACAUCUCUGUCACUGCUCUGCUCCCAGAAAAUGCUGUUCUCUAUCCAAGUUCUCGGUUGGAACAAACAUCAGAUUGUUCUGAACAACCUGGUACAGCAUGCCUUAUUCAGAAUGUCCAGUACCCUUCAGUUGCUGCCAAAAGUCCUCCAAGCAAAGUGUCUGAAGAACAUGCUAAAACAACAGUGAGACUGGGUCAGACCAAGCCACUUUCAUCCCAGCCUCAAAGCAGUAUCACCGUCUUGUCUCCAGCCAUCUUCAGCAAAGCAGUUCAGAUUAUACCCACUCCACCAAAAGGUAAACUUCCCAUUCUGCCCUACUCAAAAAUCAAAGGCACGCUCAUCCCAACUGCAAAACCCAACACUGUGCCACCAAAGAAAAAGGGUUUCUCUGGUCAGCUGGGACACACAAACCCCAUGGAUCCCCAAACCUGUGGCUCAGCUGAAGCUUUGAGUCACAGCCAGGGAUCAGCCUCAUCCAUUCAGCCCCCAAUGAAGACCACAGUCAUGCCUAUGUUAGGAGCUAUGCAAAAAUCAUCUGGCAAAAAGAGGGGGCGGAAGAGAAAGACAAUGGAGGAUAUUUUAGCAUUUGAAGCACGAAAGAAGAGGUCCUUGUCUUUCUUCCGUAGAAGGAUCCCUGAGAAACAACAGACAAUUGUUCCAGGUUCCAAACAAAAGGAAGUUGAAAUUUCAAAGAAGUACCGUAGCAUCCGACCCAAGCCCAUGUUAUUAAUGGAGACCGUUCCCCAGCUGGUUAGCUUGCCUCCUGUUACCCCUGAAAGCCAUGAACAGGAACUUGUACUCAGUCAGCUUCCCACCACAAUCAAAGCCCAGCACUGUCCUCCCCAGCCUACAUCUCUCACCCUCCACCUGAGAGGUACAUCCCAUCAAAGAGUGUUUGUGGGGAGCCGUCCACUCCACUGUUGCCCCACUUGUAACCGCUGCUUCCAAUUUAAGCAUCACCUACAGAGCCACAUGAACAGUCACACUAACAUUCGGCCAUACAUGUGCCCAGUUUGUCGCAAGGCCUAUGCCCACUCUGGAAGUUUGAGUACACACAUGAAGCUUCACCAUUAUGAGGUGCGGCCACGUCGGUCUCUGUGCUGCGAGUUUUGUGAGAAGGCCUUUGGAUAUGUGGGUGUGUAUUUCAGUCACCUUAGAGAGGUACACAAGGUGGUGCUGACUGUGGAGCCCUCCAUCAGCCAUCAUGAAGACCAUAUUUCUACUGAGAGGGCCAACUCCCCAGAGACAUCAGGGGAACAGGAAGACCCUGUGGAGCUGCAGAUUAAGUGUGGCCGCUGCCAGGCCAUUACUCCGACAUUUGCUGACAUGAAGAUGCACUUGAUGUAUGUCCACGGGGAGGACAUCCAGGUGCGACUACAUGACAGCCACAUGUCACAUGGUGGGCGUGAGGCUGAGAAUGAGCUUGUCAAACAUGCUGCCCACUACUGGAGACAGCUCAACGAGAGACGUAACCUCAUGAAAUGUGGAAACUGUGAUGAAGAGUUUUUCUCUUUCUCAAAGCUCAAGAAGCACAUCAUAUCCCACCACCAGGGAGAUGGACUGGAGAGGGAGGAGAAAGUGGCUCUUUGCUCACCAGAUGGAGAAAGAAGGUUUGGGGUCCUUGCAGCAGGUUCAGCCUUUAACUGUGUACUGUGCCGCAGGGUGAUGGCCAACAAGGAGGGAGUUAUGGAGCACUGGAGGAGUCAUCACCACUGUGAGCAUCCCAGCCUUCUGUGGGAUGCUCUGAGCUCUUACUCUGGCCAGGAAGAGAGUGAAGUAGAUUGGGAUCUAGAUAGUCCUGUGCCAAGCCUGCAUUAACCAGCUGAGCCCUCAGAGGCACAGAGCCCGUUACUGUGGCUCUUCCUUACACGUUUAGUCCUAACAAUCAGCAGCACAGAGUUGGAGAGUUUCACUAACACAAUUUAGCUCUGCUUCAUCUUUCACCAAUUGAAGCAUUUGAUUUGGUCACAGAAAAAAAACAAGCUAAUGGUGAAAAUUGACCCAUUACAAGUUUUGUUUGUGACAUUCUCUCUAGACCACAGAAUCCAUUGUGGUGUUUGUCUUUAUUUUACCAUUAUUAUUUUUGAUUGCACUGUUGUAAUAAACUUUACUUUGAGGAUAUAAUGUUCAUAUUGUCUUAGAUAUUACACAAUUUAUUAAAGGGUCAUUUCUGUCAUAGCUGAUGCAGUAAAACAGUUAAAACACUGAUAAAUGUAAAUCUGAUAACAAGGGCACACACUGCUGUCACGCUGACAGACUUUGCCUUCGAUUAUUUGAGAUUAAAGUGAAAUUAGUAAAUGUACAAUCCGUUAAUAUAGUAUUGCUUUGGUCACAGUUAAAAACCUAAAGUUACAAAUUGAACUUGUAAACUUUCACAAGUUCCGAACAGUGUUGGGGUCUUCUUGGUAACUUGGGCCCUGGAAGGAAAACUAUCCAUCAUCCAAAUGACAUUCUGGUGGCCUUCUGAGAAAAAUGGUGUUUGUGUGUAAUGUGAUGUGUCAUCUGUAUGGUCCUUUAUUGGUCUUUUCCUUGUUAGAAAUGCCUCGAUGUGUAUUCUGUGAUAUGCCAAGGGUCAGUUCACUCUAAUUAUUUUAGAAGUGCAUUUUUCUUUCCUGAUCUUUUAACCACUAACAAAAUACUAUUUGGUGAUGAGCAAAUCUGCAUUUGAAACCAUCAGUCGUUCACCCGCUGGACUCUGCUCAAUGGACGCACCUGUGGAUUUGUGUUUGCCCAAACUCUUAUAUAAUUCAUUGUCAAGUCCAGAAAAUAUGCUAUUUUGUACUCUAGAUGAAUGCAGAGGUGUUUUAGUAUAUUUAUGCUUGUGGUUGGUCAUUAAAGUACCAGCACUGAGAUGCUAAGUUUGCUUCUAAUUUAGGGGUAUUGUCUUAUUUCUUGACAGGCUGUUCAAACUUGGCAAGUAGCUGUUAACAUUUCUGUGUUUAUCUUUCAUAUGAAGGAACAGAAAACAAUCACAGGGUCAAGAAAUGUUGCAAAA